AAUUAGAAGAAAAAAAAGGAAGGAAGGAAGGAAGAUGUAAGUAAAUUUAUUAAUUUAUAUUAUCUUUUGAAAUAGAAAAAAGAAAAGCUUAAACUGAAUAGACUGUACAAGAAAUUGAAGAUAGAAAAAUAAAAUAAAUUGAAAUUUAAAAGUAAUAAAGAAAGGUGUAACUACUGCUUUCUUUUAUCGAAAAUGCUUUUAUGUGGACAUGAACAGCCAUUCUAAUAAAUAUUUUGGUUUUCUAUUACUUUCUAAGAUGGAAGAAAUUAAAAAUGAAGAAAGCAUAGAUCAUAAGGAAAAUUGUAAUAAGGUUUGAAAUUUACAUCAAGGACCCCAAUGCUGGUUUAUGAAACUGAGAUCAAUUGGUAAUUAAACUAGUAACUUAAAAUAUUGGUGUUUAUAAUCUUUAAUUUUAUUUGUUUGCGCAUUUUUCUUUUGCUGCUUAGGAU